AGCAGUUUUGGAACGCGCUUGCACGCGCUGUGAGGAAAGCGUGCGCUCUUUGAAACACGCCAGCUCGCUCCCUGUACACGCCGCCUGAUUGGCUCCUCGGUCGGUGUACGCGCGCGCGCUCGCAGGCGCUCACUAGAGUGGAAGAUUCGGAUCAUAUUACUGCGAAGCAAUAUCGCUCAAUUCCUCCUAAAUGCGUAAGUAAUCGAGAAAAGUGAAGGGGCGCUCGCCAGUGUGACAUGUAUUAUCGUGAGAGCAGUUUCGGCUUGCGGAGAACUGACGCGCGGGUUUAUCGCCGUCGCGCGCUCCCUCGUGCGCUCUGCUGAGAGCUUCCCGGAUUUCUCACCGCGUUCCACGCGCCGCUGCCACAAAAGUUACGAGACUGCAUAGAAGAGAGAAAGAAAGAAACAUGCGUGUGUUUGUUGUUUUCCUGUUGUCCACUUUGAUGUUGGAGUUCUGCAAAUCGUCGCCGUCCCGGAGCGUUUUUACUAACCACUGGGCUGUGCGGGUCAGAGGAGGAGCAGAAGAGGCUGAUAAACUUGCUUCGAAAUAUGGCUUUACAAAUUUUGGUCAGAUUGGCGGUCUAGAAGACCACUACCAUUUCCAUCACAGUCACGUGGUGCGGAGAUCUACCUUUGCCACCAGGGGCACACACAGUUUUAUUCACAUGGACCCCAAGGUGGACUGGAUCCAGCAGCAGAUAGUAAAGUCUCGAGUUAAACGCUUUGCCCAGAGCGACCCCAACUUCAUCUAUUUCAACGACCCCAAGUGGUCGAACAUGUGGUAUAUUCAUUGCAGCGUUAAAAACAGCCGGUGUCGCUCCGAAAUGAACAUCCUGGCAGCCUGGCAGCGUGGCUAUACAGGACGGAAUGUUGUCAUCACCAUCCUUGAUGACGGGAUAGAGAAAAACCAUCCUGAUCUGGCCCAAAACUAUGACCAGCUGGCCAGCUAUGAUGUCAACGGCAACGACCAUGACCCGAUGCCACGUUAUGACUCCAGCAAUGAAAACAAGCAUGGGACCCGAUGUGCUGGCGAGGUGGCUGCUGUGGCGAACAACUCACACUGCAUUGUGGGUAUUGCCUACAACGCCCGAAUUGGAGGCAUUCGGAUGCUGGAUGGGGAUGUGACUGAUGUGGUGGAGGCCAAGUCACUUGGGAUUCGCCCUGACUACAUUGACAUUUACAGUGCCAGCUGGGGCCCCGAUGACGAUGGGAAGACCGUGGAUGGUCCAGGCCCACUGGCCAAACAGGCUUUUGAAGUGGGCAUUAAAAAGGGCCGAAAAGGUCUGGGCUCAAUAUUUGUGUGGGCAUCGGGUAACGGAGGUCGGCAAGGAGAUCACUGCUCAUGCGACGGCUACACCAACAGCAUCUACACCAUCUCCGUCAGCAGCAGUACAGAAAAUGGCAACAAGCCCUGGUACCUGGAAGUCUGCUCAUCCACCAUGGCCACUACCUACAGCAGUGGAGAGUUCUACGACCGCAAAAUAAUUACUACAGACCUACGGCAACGCUGUACAGAUGGGCACACUGGCACAUCAGUGUCUGCACCAAUGGUAGCUGGCAUCAUCGCUCUCGCACUGGAGGCAAACCCAUUAAUAACAUGGAGAGAUGUUCAACACCUCUUGGUAAAGACAUCAAGACCUGUUCAUUUAAAAGCUAGUGACUGGAAAACCAAUGCAGCAGGACACAAAGUUAGUCACCUGUAUGGAUUUGGGCUGGUGGACGCUGAGGCCAUGGUGGUAGAGGCCAAGAAAUGGCGAAGUGUUCCACCUCAGCACACAUGCACCAAGAUGUCAGAUCGCCGUACCAGGUACAUCCGGCCAGAUCAGAAGCUAAAUGUGACGAUGAGUAGCACAGGCUGCAGCGGGCAACCAGAUCAACAUGUAGCCUUCCUGGAGCACGUUGUGGUACGGGUGCUGAUCGUUCACCCACGCAGGGGAGAUCUGGAGAUCAGCCUUGUCUCUCCAUCAGGAACACGCUCACAGCUCCUGGCCAAAAGGCUGUUUGAUAACUCUAAUGAGGGCUUCAGGAACUGGGAGUUCAUGACUGUGCACUGCUGGGGAGAGAGAGCCGAAGGCACAUGGACCCUGGAGAUAUCUGACUCACCCUCACAGCUUCGCAGCAACCUUGAGGUUCUAGGUAAGCUAAAGGAGUGGACUCUGAUUCUUUAUGGCACAUCCGAGCACCCCUACCAGUCUCAUGGUUCUCACCACUCUCGUGCUCGGAUGCUGGAGAUUCCCAGCGUUCAGAGCCCAGAGCCUUCACCCAGCACAACCCAACAACAUGAAGAUGAGGAAGAGGAGGAGUACACUGGGCCUUGCCACCAUGAGUGUGGUGAUCAGGGCUGUGAUGGCCCAGAUGCUGACCACUGCCUAAACUGCAUCCACUUCAGCCUGGGCAGCCUGAAGACCGGGAGGAGGUGUGUGAGCCACUGCCCAUCAGGAUAUUUUGAGGACACUGAGGCGCGAAGGUGCAGGCGUUGUCAUCGAGGCUGUGAGAAGUGCGUGGGCCGAAGCUCGAAAGAGUGCCGGUCUUGCCGGAGAGGACUGUACUUCCACACAGAAGAGAGCUCGUGCAUAGAGAAUUGCCCCAAUGGCUACUUCAACGAUGAGGUUCAGAGACAUUGUCUGAAGUGUCACGAGAACUGUGUGAAGUGCGUGCAGGAUGCUGACAGAUGUACGGCAUGCAAAAAAGACUUCAGUUUAGCAGGAAUGACCUGCGUCCCGGAGUGCACAAAUGGAACCUUCUUUAACUUGGAGGAGAUGAAGUGUAGCCCCUGCCACGUCUCCUGCUCCACCUGCACAGGGCCGGGCAUGGAGGAGUGUCUACACUGCUCCCGUGACUUCCUGCAAGAAGAGUGGCGGUGCGUGCCCAAGUGCAGCCCUGGGCACUACCCGAGCGACAGCAUAGGAUUCCCGCAGCGGAUGUGCCGCAAAUGUGAGGAGAAUUGUAUCAGGUGCCAAGGCCCUGGAACAAGAUGCACAAACUGCAGAGAUGGAUACAGCCUGCUCAGCGGAACCUGCAUAUUCCACGCCACCUGUAACAAUACGGAUGAGGUGUUCUGUGACAUGGUGAAGUCUAACCGCCUGUGUGAGAAGAAACUCUUCCGCCAAUUCUGCUGCAGAACCUGUUUGAUGACAGGAUGAACGAAUAAAGAGAGAGUGAAAGAGACAAGGACAGGUCACUUCUUUUAAUAUGGCUGUGUUAUCUGAUGUACAUUUCUAAUCCAGUUAUAUCUGUGGAUUCACACAAAACCGACUCCUCAUUUUAAUGAAACCCUAAACGGGUGCUAUCCGAUUGCCAUAAGGUUUUUGUUUUAUUUUUAUUUUUUUACACCUGUCUGUUUUAUAAGCCUUAUAAAAAAACAUGUAUAAAAUGUUUAUUUUUUAUUCCAAUAUGAUAUUACUGAAUAUACCGCAGUUGGGAGUUGUAAACCGUUAUUAAGGAUAAGCUAAAGGGGCCGCAUCCUCAGUCAAUCGAUUUCCCUGUACUGGGAUGAAUUGAUGGAUAUGAUGCCAGGCUAAUUGUUUUAAACUUCAAUAAGUGAAGAACCUCUUAAACAAAUAUGUUCAGCAGCAUCAUUUAUCAAGAAAGAUAAAUUACUACCCCAGUGAAGGUAUUGUAUAUACUGGAGUGUGAAUGUAAUGUUUAAACUAUUGGCUUCUAUACCAGUGGCAGAAUAAAUGAAAUGAUUUUUUUGCCACCAGCAAUAGA